AUGGAUCCCUGGUUCACAACUCCAAACGAUUUCUUCAGUGAAUUCGACAAUUUUGGCCAACAAUUUCCUGGCACCCACCUACCUCCUGGGUUCGAUAUCCCAGCUCCGCACGAACAGGCUCUUGGUGGACAAUUUAUCGCAGACCAAAACCAUUCAUAUGCUCCACCCGAUCCGGCUUUUGACUCUUUUAUCCAAGGGUUCCAGGAUGCCUCCUCUACUGACAACAUGGAUGGUUUAGGGCCCGCCCAAAUUACGCCUACCCCUACAACGGGCCCUCCCCGAAGGAGUAGGAAGAAAAAGGCCCCGACUCUACGUGAUGAGGACUGGGAACCAUUUAAAGACCGAAUCCUCGAGCUCUAUGAGACGCAAAAGCUGCCACUUGAGAAAGUUAAAAAUAUGAUCGAGGAGGAAUUCGGCUUCACCGCUCAGGCACGGCAGUAUCAGAGCCGUAUAACCAAAUGGGGCAAAGACAAGAAUAUCAAGAAAGUUGAGAUGACAGCUAUCGUCAGGAAGCAUCAGCAGAGAGAGAUUCUCGAGACUGGCAAAAGGAAGCUGUGUUUCACGGUCAGAGGUAGAGAGGUUGAAGCAGAUAAGAUCGACCGAUGGAUGGACAGAAACAAUGUCGCACGAAAUGAUCUGUAUGCUCCGAGUCCUGCAGCAUAUCCCGAAGCUACCCCGUCCGCAGUCAAUUGUAGAACGAUUUCUGAGAGAGGUUCCCUAGCCCACAGUCCAGCCUUAUCCGAAAUGAGUCUCGCCUUCUCUUCCGGUGGCAUCACACCAGUAGCUCAGAGUCCAAUGGCAUCUUCUCCCGCACUCUCCGUACGAGGGAUAAUUCAAGGCCGCGGCAGUACUUUCACUGGGCAGAGUCCGGCUCCUUUCUAUCAAGCUCUUCCAGCACAACUCCUGGCUUCUUAUCCAUCAGCUACAAGCCCUGUUCAUCCACAUUCAAGUUCUACAUUAGCCUCCAAGCAGUAUCGCUACAGACAAGCUGAUGAAGAUCGUCUACGAUCAGAACUAUCUGUGGCAGAGACUUUGUUCGGAUCCGAAGAUGCUCAAACCCUCCAUAUAUUGACAAUGCUGACUGAUGUUCUUAUUCAACAAGGGAGAUACAGAUCCGCCGAAGAAAUGAUUCGCAGAGCGGUUUUAGGCUAUCAGAAGACAGUUGGGGGUGACGAUAUUCGCACUCUCAGUGCUUUGGAACUCCUAGGACAAUGUCUAGGACUCCAGGGCUUCCAUCGUCGAGCCGCAAAAUUCCUGGAAGGAUUACUUGAAUCCGAAAGGGUGACUCUUGGCGAAGAGCAUCCAUCCACUCUGUCCUGUAUGGCCCAACUAUCGAAGGUGUAUACGAAUCAAAGACGGUGUGGCGAGGCUGCUUUACUUUCUGAGCGAGUGCUAGAAAUAAAAAAGAGGGUAUGUGGCAAAGCGGACUAUAUUACGCUGAGAAGCAUGUCGGAUUUGGGGGUUGCAUACAUGUGGUUGGGGCGAUUAGAAGAGAGCAAGCAGCUGAUAGGACAGGCCCUCAAAUUAAGCAAGAAUAUCUGGGGGGAUGAGAAUCUUGCUACGCUAGGAAUCAUGUCCAACCUGCUACCUUUAUGUGUACGACAGAGCGAUUGGGGUCAGGCAGAGGUGAUUGCAAUGCAAGUUAUCAACGUAUAUAUGAGAACAAUUGGCGAAGAACACCCUAGCGCUAUAUUCGCCAAAGCAGCGUUGGCUGAUGUAUAUGAAGGUCUAGGACAAUUAGAGAAAGCUGAAGAAGCAGGAGAGCAGGUGUUUGAGAUGCAGAAGAGAAUACUUGGGGGGAAGCAUCCUGACACACUGAAUAUCGCACAUUUCUUGAUAAAUUUAUACGAGAAACAAAAAAAAUAUGGCAAGGCUGAGGAUCUUAGGAGGAAUAUUGGGAAGAUGGCCGUGGACGGGCGAGAGGAUUUCAUUUAG